AUGGUGAUGUGGCCUCCUGAACCUACGAAAUCUCGUGGUAGGAUGAGUGAGGAAUUUUGCAGAUCUGAUCAGGGUUUUCUUCAUUCCAAUGCGGAGGCGCUCUCCGACUACGCAGAGGAUGAAGAUGGUCUUGUUGACAUCGAUGAAGAUGAUAAUGGGAAGGAAGACGAUUAUGACGACUCCGAUGACGAGGAUUGGAGUGAGCACAUGGAAUCCUCUAAGCGUUUUCGUGAGGACGCUCGGGGCCGUCAUCAAUCUCGAGGUCUUCCACGCAAAUCUUCAAGCUCUAGCCUUAAUUGGCGUCUCCGCAAAGGUGGAAUUGGAGGGAGAAACUCGCGCAGACGUCAUAAGCUUACUUCGCACCAGUCUCUGGGCAAUUUCUUGGAGCAUGGUGGAGGGGGCGUCGGUGGCGGAGUGAAUGACAACAACAUCUCGGCUCUCCGCCGCCAGGCGCUACUGCGUCGUGGCGAUGGGAGUGGCGGUAGGACGGCUCCAGAUUCCAAGCCUGAAUCCCCGCAUCAGUGCCUGGGGCCUGGCUGCACCCGCCCUGCUGCCCAUUCUGCCACCAAGUAUUGCUCAAAAAGGUGUGGUCUAACUCUGGCUCUCAAACGCCUGGAACGGUUUCUGCCUGGGACCCGAGCUGCCUGGUACUCUGAUGCCUCAGGUGUUGUUCUCAACUCUGUCGCAGAUCGCACGGAUCGAGCCCGGCUGAAGGAGGUGCGUGCCGAGCAGAUGGCCAUCCAUAAUCGUCUGAUUGAGUUGGAGAACCGGCACCAACAACUCAAUCAACUCAUUGCUCGGGCACAGGAAUAUAGGACGCGUCUCACACCCGCUCAAAUUGCUGCUUCAACUUCCGCCGACUUGGCAGACAUCGAUCAAGCUGAACCGGUUGUCUGUGUCACCUGCUCCACGGAAGUCAACAUGCGUCAUGCCCUUCGACACAUGGAGAAGUGCUUCCAGAAGAUGGAAAGUGCGUCGUUGCUGUGCUCUAACCAACGCGAGCAGUCACGUGGGACACCGCUCUUCUGUGAUGCCUACGAUUCACAUGCAAAGGCCUACUGCAAACGUUUACGUGCUGUCUGCGAGCACGUCAAGGAGUCCAAAUAUCCCCCGGAUGCUAUUUGUGGCUUCCCUUUGGUUGAGGAUGUCUUCACUCCCACUGACCGCUUCUGUUGCACCACUCGACAAAAGUGCACCCACCAUGUGGGCUGGGAGAGGAAGAAACGCGGUCACAUCGACGUGGAGCGCUAUCGGCAGCUGAUUCGGUUGGACGAGCUUCUUCAAGAAGAGGCUCGCCUACAGCGAUCCCUCUCCCAGCGCGCGGGAAUCCUCGGCAUGAUGCUAAACCGAACUGUCGACGAAGAGGAGCAACAGCGGGAGAGGGAGUCAAAGCGCCCCACCAAAUAG